ACAGCUGACGGUCUAAAAGUCUUUGUCAUUCGUCUUAAUAUUUUAUUCUCUAUUUCGUGUGCAAUCGUUACAAACACAGUGCAAUAUCUUACAUACAGAACAAUAAUAUCUGAUACAGUGUUUAAUUACAUUAUUUUGAAUUAAUAUUGACUAUAAAAGUGAAUAAAUCCGUGGAAAUAAUUAGCAACAACGGAUCAGCUGACGUGGGUAGUGUGUGUGCAAAAAAGUGACCAGCGAAGUGCAGGUGGGAAUUCCGCCCUAAUUGUUAUACGCAUAACCGCGAAAGUAGCGUCAACCGCCACCGCUGUGACGUUGCAGUCGCUCUCUGCGCGGAGUAUACAACGCAGAGCGGUCAUUCAAUUGUGCCUACGCACGCGGCCUCUGAGGGGACAUCAUCGCUGCAUCAAAGCAGUCCUUGAUUAUUUCUAGCCUGAAAUUAACUACAGCCGGAGGUCGUCCACUGCUGACCACAGACCCUGUAAGAAAACAUAAUAAUUUCUAUUUCACGCACUAUGGCCCCUAGUUCUAUCAACAUAUGCUCAGGAUGUAGACAGGAGAUAUCUAAUGGGGAAUAUAUGGCUUGUGCGACGUGUAAGGGCAAGUACGACCUAGCCUGCCUGAACAUAUCUAUUAAAAAAUUUCUUCAACUAGAUCGAAGCCAGAAGAAGAGUUGGAUGUGCUCUGAAUGUCGCAGUAAGCUACCUAAAACUGAUAACUCUAACACACCUGUUCGUUUAGCGCAUAUCAAUGACAGCGCUCAUAAUCCUACGGGUGUUGACCAGUCCAUAAACGAAACUUCUUACAUUACCGUUAGAGCCAAGCAGCAACGGUCUUCUCCCGCUCCUGACUGUGCCAAUUAUAUAACUGAGGAUACACUCAGGAGUAUCUUGCAUCAAGAAAUGAGUCAUAUUCUGGAAAAGAAAAUCAAGGACCUAGUAAGUAAUGAACUUAUUUGCAUUACCCAGCAAAUGGCGGGUUUUAACGAGUCAAUGACAUUUUUCAACACACAAUUUGAAGAAAUGAAAAAUAGCCUGGAAGAGAAAAAUUCGCAACUUAUCCAAUUAGAAAAAGAAAAUACGAAUCUACAGGCAACAAUGCGUGACCUUACGAGUAGGAUGAAUCUUAUCGAGCAAAAUCUACGGGAAAGCAACAUAGAGAUUAAUGGUAUUCCAGAGAACAGAAACGAAAAUCUGCCAAACAUUGUCUUGCAACUCACGAAGGCCACUGGAAAUCCACUUACUGACACAGACAUCUUACAUGCAGUCCGUGUUGCGAAGUUCAACAAAGAUGACGGCCGACCGCGUGCUGCUGUAGUGAAAUUACGAAGCCCUCGCUUGAGGGACGCUGUACUGGCUGGGGUAGCAAAUUUCAACAAGAAAACUCCGGACAACAAAUUAUGCUCCCAUCACCUUGGCAUCGGAGGUUCUCGUUCGCCUGUCUUUGUUUCUGAGCAUCUGACUCCGACAAGCAAACAACUACACGCUGCAACGCGUAAAAAAGCCAAAGAAGCAGGUUACAAAUUUGUUUGGGUGCGCAACGGCCGUGUGUUUGUCCGCAAAGAUGAACAGUGUCAGUAUCUGUUAAUAAAAAAUAACGACUGUUUAAAACUAAUGACGUAAGCAUCUGUACCUUUUGACACUUUAUAUUUCACGGUAAAUGUUAUGGUGUACACUUAGUUAAAAGUGAUUAAGUUAUACUAUCAGAAUGUGCGUGGAAUCAGAACCAAGACAAACGAGGUUUACAAAAAUAUCGCUCAGUGUAAUUAUGACAUUAUUGUCUUCACGGAAACAUACCUGAACUCUAGUGUAGUGUGUGGCGAAUUCAUCGACGACAGAUAUGUCGUUUAUCGAAGGGAUCGCCUAUGUGUUUCCAAGGAUCGAUCUGGGAAAAUUGGCUCUAGGAAUGUUAAACGUUCUAAGUUGGACGGCGGCGGUGUUGCGAUUGCCGUAAAAAAGAAAUUUCACUCAGUAAGAGUGCCCAGCUGGGAAACUAAAUCUGACUUUGAGGACUUGUGGAUUACGG